CGGGAGGCAGGCAGAGCUUCGCCACAGCUGUGCUUCGCCCUUUGUCGGUCUCUGCUCCUCGCCUGCGCCUUCUGCACUAUCCGCCGAGCAGGAUACAAAGAGAGGGACGGACGGCGCGCGGUGGAGACGGAGCAUGAGAGCGACGGGGCCAGCGGAAGAACACGAGGAGACCUAACCGGACCACGGUCCGGUCCACGCACGGAUAAUAAAAAUAAAAAAUCCCCCGGACCGGGUACGGAGCUCCGCCGAUGUACGCACUGGAUUUUACCCACCAAAGAGUGUCGAGACCAGGGGGAGAGGGGCGGACUUUAUCGCGCAGGACUGUCGGGGCUUUAGGAGGGCACCAUGGAUAAAACUUUGCACAUUCUCCAGAAACCCACAGAGGUCGUACCGACGGGGAUCUCCCUGGAUAUGAGUUUAGAUAUGGAUGACGGGGCAAAUUUCCCAGAACAGCGGAUAGUGGGUCUUCCGGACAAAAUACCUUUGGUGAAACCUUAUUUCAAAAAGAAGCAGAGGAAAUUGGACACCAAAUGCCUCCACCGGGCCCUGGAGGACCCCAUACUGACCACUCUGCUGAGCACGGACGCGCUGGUGUCCGGGGACGGGGUGUUUGUUCCCCGGAACCCGCCGGGCAGGACUCCGGCCAACCUGUGCGCGGCGGUCGUGGUGAAGCAGAACCGCAUCGGCCAAGUGUGUCUCAAACCCCCGGGAGCCCCCGGCAACGCCGCCGCCGUGGCCGGAGUGCCGGGGCUGAUGGCCCGCGACGGGGACGUGGAGAUUGCCGAUACUACUGCGGAGCUGGAGGAGACGGAGCGGCGGGGGGAGCGGCCCAAGAUCGCCGAUCCCACCCCCGACGGCCGCUGCUUUCAACCGAAACCUGGCCUCGGGGCGGCCGGCGGCGCCGCGACAAUGCCGGCCCCCGGCAGAGAUAUACCUCCCACGGUCGCACCCCAGGCUCUUCACCAGGAGAGGAGCAUCAAAAGCAAUGACCUCUUAACCUCUGGGUCUAAAAACCCUCCAGUCAAAGACUGCACCGGGGCCCAGGACCCCCUUCCCCUCCUCCUGCUGCCCGACAAAAGAGUGCUAUUUCAGGACAAAAGCGAAGAGGCCUCCCUGGACUUGGUUUUUGAGCUGCUCACGCAGCUCCAGUAUCACACGCACCAGUCAGACUCCGUGGACAUUUGCGUGGAUUUCCUCCAAGGGCAGUGCGUGUACGGCAACGACUGUGCCCACCACCACACCGUGCUGCCCUACCACUGGCAGAUCCGCAGGAGCAGCAACCAGACGUGGCAGAGCAUCGCCGACGACUCCCAGGAACAGCUGGAGAGACUUUACUGCAACCCGGACAACGAGCAAGUCCGCCUCAAGUUUCAGGGUCGCGUGUUUUCCCUCGACUUCGGGGCGAUGCGAGUGUGUGACCUGGAAUUUGACCGCGUCCGGCGACUGACCACUCCCGCCAGCCCCCUGCCCGCGACCAGCCCCAACCCCACCCCCAGCUGCCACACAGUGUGGAAGUACUACUGCAGAGACAACUUUGGCUGGAGGGAGUACUCCGAGCCGGUGGUGAAGCUCAUAGAGGAGGCGAGUUCGAGGGGUCUCAAGGAGGUGCGCUUCAUCACGCUCCAGAACCAGUACAUCCUCAACAUCCGGGAGGGCUUCCAGCAGAACGCCGUCUUCGGCUUCCGCCGUCAGAUCAAGAAGCGGCCCACGUUCAUGUCCUCCGUGAUGCUCACGCCCCACCUUCAGACUUUGGGCGGCCUCUCUUCAUCUCCCCUCCCAUGUUCCUCCUCCUCCUCCUCCUCCUCCUCUCCCAUGGACAUCACCGUGUCGCAUCCCCUCUCGCCGACCACCACCAACCCACCCAGCCUUUUCCCGGAAACCUGGUUGCCCAUGACGAUGAGCCAGGACUUCCUGCAGGUGCCGGUGUCGCGCGAAGACCGCAGCUACCGGACGGUGUACAGCCUUUUCCACAAGACGGUGUCAGAGACCAAGUUCAGGAUCCUCAAGAUACAGCGUGUGCAGAACCCCUUCCUCUGGGAGAAGUACAAGAGGAAGAAGGAGUACAUGUCGCGGCGCAUGUCCGAGAUGGACCGGCUGCUGAGCGAGCGCCACCUCUUCCACGGCACCUCGGCCGACGUGGUGGAGGGCAUCUGCAAGCACAACUUCGACCCGCGAGUCUGCGGCAAGCACGCCACCAUGUUCGGCCAGGGCUCCUACUUCGCCCGCAAGGCAGUCUACUCCCACAACUUCUCCAAGCGCUCGCCCAAAGGAGUCCACUGCAUGUUCCUGGCCAAAGUCCUCACCGGCAGGUUCACUGUAGGAAAUCCCUCCAUGCGGCGACCUCCACCCAUCAACGUCCGUGACCCCUCCAGUGACCUUUUUGACUCCUGUGUGGACAACUGGGUGGACCCCCAGAUCUAUGUCAUCUUCAACGAUGACCAGAGCUACCCCUACUUUAUCAUUCACUACGAGGAGGUACCCAGCACUGUGGCCAUCUAAGCCCUGGAUCAGACCUGGCUGCGCCGGUAUUUGCAAACACUCAUAGUUUGUUAAAGUCUGUUAAGUUGCCACAUGUGCGGCAAGUACGGUUCAGGCCAACGAAGAGCUGAGAUUUGGAGUCACUUUGCCGGACUGGACCUCGCCCGUCUGCUGCUCUGAACCGGGUGAAACAGUCUUAGGAAAUAAUUGAUUUAAGUCUGCAGUCAGUUGGAUCCAAACCAGACUGGACUGCAGCGCAGCACAACAGUCUCGUCUAGACCGGAUUAAACCGGACAAGACUGGACUGGCACAGGACGACACCUGUUUCAUCCGUUGUUCCGUUGUUUCGACGUUGACCGCUGCGACCACCGCCGCUGCCGCCGCCGCCGUGAGCGGACUCACACACCCCACUUUGUUAUCCGGUGGGAUCGGGAGCCGAGCGGCGGUCACAGCAGGAUUCGGUCCACCACGUUGAUCCGGAGCGGAUGCAGGAGAACUGGACUCUGUUACGGUUUUGACUUGUUUGUGUGGCUGUACGUGAACUCGUCGCACAAAAGUAUCGGCGGUAUCGUUCUGGGGAAGCGAGGGUUAGCGCAGCCUCCGGCCCAAACGGGUUGUUCUUUUUUCUUUUCAAGUUCUUUUUAGUGCGGCGUGUUUUGAAUCUUUUAAUUUAGUGCAAAUGAAUCUUGUGGCCUCUUCAAACAGACGAAUAGACGUGCGUUUCGGCGGUUUUACAAACGGACAUCCGCAGAAACGGUUUCACCUGAAGCCCGUUCGGUGCCCGGUCGGCGUUUUUUGCCUUGGCGCCCGGUUAAAUGCUCCAGUGAAAUUGAAGAGUGUACAGUUUCACGCUGAGAAUGGGCGGCGCCCCCCCCCCGUGAAACUCAUCUCUCUCGGACCGCUCGCUCGCGCUCGGAGACAGUAGACAUGUUUUAAUGAGACAAACUGUACAGACGUUCUCUUUGUUUAUAUUUGAACUGUGUGCCUUUUGUUCAUAAACAAAUUUAUUUAUGUUAGUUUAAUGUAACAUUGAUUAAAUAAAGAAUCUAAAAGAAAAAAAA